CAUUUCAAUUUAUUCGUUUGAUAUAAGAAAAAUAUUAAGUUUAUAUUUUCGGUUUAAAAUGAUACAAUCCAAAAUAUAUCGUAUAGGACAAAAUUUACGUUAUGUGAAUAUCGUAGCUGGCUUAUCUACUUCACAGACACGAUUUCACACAAACUUAGCUACGCAAGUGAAUACUGAAAGCACAUUUCAAAAAAAAUGGCAAGAAGCACAACCUUUUAAGGAUAUACCAAACGAAAGCGUUUUCCGAUUCAUACGUAACUUUCUACCCGGUGGAGAUUAUCACAACUUGAAUUAUGUACACACGUUGUACAAAUUUCAUGAAAAGUAUGGCAAAAUCUGCUUAAUGCCUUCGCUUUUCGGAAGAUCUCCAAUACUUUUGACAUUCAAUCCUACAGACUUCGAAACUGUCUUCCGAAAUGAAGGUAUUUGGCCACAACGUCCAGGAUUCGCAGCACUUUCUCACCAUCGCGAAAAACAUAGACCAAACUUUUACCAAGGAGCUGAUGGUUUAGUAUCUACUAACGGGCAGAAAUGGGGAAAAUUUCGUUCCACUGUCAACCCUGUACUUAUGCAGCCUAAAAACGCUAAAUAUUAUAUACACAAAAUGUGUAAAAUCAAUUUAGAAUUUGUUGAAAGAAUAAAGAAAAUACGAGAUCCACAAACACUUGAAGUACCGGCUAAUUUUGAGGACGAAAUAAAUCGCUGGGCACUUGAAUCAGUUGCAGUUGUGGCACUGGAUAAACAACUCGGAUUAAUCAGCAAUAAACGGGAUGAUCCUGCAGCGAGAAGAUUUUUAAAAAUAAUCACCGAGCUUUUCACCUUGGCAGCUGAACUGGAAUUUCAGCCACCAGUUUGGAAAAUUAUAAGCACUACAAAAUUCAAACGUACGAUGCAACUUUUGGAUGAGGUACAAGGUAUUACAUUAAAUUAUGUGGAGAAUGCAUUAGACAGUUUGGAGGAGGAUCGUAAAAACGGUGUCGUGAGAAUGGAACAUGAGAAGAGUGUUUUAGAAAAGUUAUUGAGGAUCGAUAAAAAAAUAGCUAUGGUGAUGGCUAUGGAUAUGUUGCUAGCAGGCGUCGAUACGACGACCACCAUUUUUACCGGCAUUAUGUUGUGUUUGGCAAAAAAUCCAGAAAAACAACAAAAACUACGAGAGGAACUCUUUCGACUCAUGCCAGAAAAGGAUACGCCUUUCACAGAAGAUAUUCGUAAGGAGCUAAAUUACAUGCGUUGCUGCAUAAAAGAAGCGCUUAGACUUUAUCCUUUAGGUCCUGGAAAUACACGUACAGUACAAAAUGAUGUUGUAUUGAGUGGUUACCAGGUGCCAAUGGGCACACAAGUAUUCAUGAUGGCUGCAAGUGUGCUUAAAGAUGAGGCAAAUUUUUCCAGGGCAAGUGAAUUUAUACCUGAAAGAUGGAUAAGACAAAAGAAGCAAGAUUCAACUGAAUGUCCCGCUUCUAUGAAGACUACAAAUCCAUUUAUUUACUUGCCUUUUGGUUUUGGUCCAAGAGUUUGUAUUGGGAAGCGUGUUGCAGAGUUGGAACUAGAGUUAGGUGUGGCUCGGAUUAUAAGGAAUUUUAAAGUGGAAUUUAAUCACUCAACUGAAAAUGUAUUUAAGCCUUUGAUAUUUAAUGUGCCUAAUAUUCCAUUACAAUUUAAGUUUAUCGAUGUUUAA